CUGGCUUUGCUCACUUCCCAAGAUGGCUGCUCUAGUAGUGCUGUGCCCGUAGUCUCCCGGAGGAAGAGUCUGUGGCCCCCUGGGACGCAGUGGAUGAGACUUAAUUUGGAAGCAAAAGAAUCCAGAAGACGAUCCGGCCUCCAUGAAGGAGAACAAGGAAAACUCCAGCCCGUCUGUGCUGUCUGGCUGUCUGGACCAUGUAAAACCAUGCUGGUAUUGGGAUAAGAAAGACUUGGCUCAUACCCCGUCCCAGGUGGAGGGGCUGGAUCCUGCUACAGAGGCAAGAUACCGCAGAGAAGGAGCCAGAUUCAUAUUCGAUGUGGGAACCCGACUUGGGCUACACUAUGACACGCUGGCUACCGGAAUUAUAUAUUUCCAUCGAUUCUAUAUGUUUCAUUCCUUCAAGCAAUUUGCUAGAUAUGUAACCGGCGCCUGCUGUCUUUUCCUGGCCGGGAAAGUGGAAGAAACGCCCAAGAAGUGUAAAGACAUUAUAAAGACGGCCCGGAGCUUACUGAAUGAUGUGCAGUUUGGUCAGUUUGGAGACGACCCAAAGGAAGAAGUCAUGGUGCUUGAGAGAAUUCUUCUCCAAACAAUCAAAUUUGACUUACAAGUAGAGCACCCGUACCAGUUCCUUCUCCGAUACGCCAAGCAACUGAAAGGCGAUAAGAACAAGAUACAAAAAUUGGUGCAGAUGGCGUGGACGUUUGUAAAUGACAGCCUAUGCACCACGCUGUCUCUGCAGUGGGAGCCUGAGAUCAUCGCGGUGGCCGUAAUGUACCUAGCUGGGCGUUUGUGCAAAUUCGAGAUCCAAGAGUGGACGUCAAAGCCAAUGUACAGAAGGUGGUGGGAGCAGUUUGUCCAAGAUGUGCCUGUAGAUGUCCUUGAAGACAUCUGUCACCAGAUCCUUGACCUGUAUUCUCAAGGAAAACAGCAGAUGCCGCACCAUGGAGCCCAGCAGACCUCCCCGCAAGUCCAAGCGCAGAUCGCCUCGGUGCAACCGCAGCAAAGUACAGACUCCCAGAGCACUCAGCAGAAAGACCAGCAGCAGCCGUCUGCGUCUCAGCAACCCAAGAAGCCUUCUCCUCAUUCAAGCCCCCCUAAGCCAGCAAAGCGACCCCUGCCUACUUCGCCCAAGGAUGACAUGAAGACACUGGAUCAGCCAUCUAAAAUGCCUAAAAUCGAUGCCCCCCUCCCACCACUGCCCCCAGUCCCUCCACCACCAGAGAGGAAAUCUUUGGGGUCUGUAAUGACAUCGGCCGAGGGAGAGACCACCGGAGUUUCCGAGUCGUCAGAAUUAACAAAAAUUCCGAUUCCUCCUCCUGCGCACCCAGCCCCGGUACAUCAACCUCCGCCGCUUCCACACCGGCCUCCACCUCCUUCCAGCUACAUCACGGGGAUGUCCACCACCAACUCCUAUAUGUCUGGGGAAGGUUAUCAGAAUCUACAGUCCAUGAUGAAGACUGAAGGGCCAUCCUAUGGGACUCUGCCUCCAGCAUAUGGGCCUCCAGCUCAUAUACCCUAUCACCCUCAUGUCUAUCCACCCAAUCCUCCACCUUCCGUCCCACCACCUCCAUCCUCAUUCCCUCCUCCCAACAUCCCACCUCCUGCACCCGUCUACCCACCUCCGCCUGCUUACAACCCCAACUUCCCCCCACCUAGACUUCCUCCUAGUCAUCCGCCUCCAGGAAUUGGUAUACCGCCAACCAACUACCCCCCUCCCGCAGUGCCACCAGGUGGGCAGCCUCCGGUUCCCCCACCAAUUCCACCUCCCGGCAUGCCGCCUGUCGCUGGAUUAGGCCGUGCCGCUUGGAUGAGAUAGCAUGGGGUACGCAGGCUGAUAUCUGGGGUGCGUGUCAUCGAGGACACAAUGCGAUAAAACACCCAUUGAAACACGUUCAGAGCUUAUAGUUCGAAAUACGUAGAAUAAUAUGCAACAUUCAGUAUUCUAUCUCAAAAAAAAUCUAUACCGGGCAGAACAGUGAAGAACUUCAGUUCACCCGGCGUGGAAGGAGGAUAAUGCUGAGAGACCAGUAACAGACCUCAAGACUAAUUGGAAUCUGUGGCCUUUAUGUCUUGAUAUACGUCGGCAAGUGUUCCCUAUACGUUUCGCUUUAUGAAAUCCGCUUUGAUUUCCGCUCACAGAGAGAAAAAAAUGAAUUGAGGGCCAUAUUGGCCGAGCUGCGGAUUUCCUGGUCAGAUCAAACAUUAAACUGGCCUCGCUUCUGACUUUUUUUUUUUUGUUCUUUCUUUCUAAAUACCAUAAUAACUUUUACGAACGCUUGUAAAUAUUUUUUAAAUAUAAAGUUCUAACUGUGGCGCUGGCUGACAUUAAAAAACUGAAAUGGAAUUGUCACCCUCUUGAAUAAAACAAACAUUCCCAAGUUA